GUGUGUGUUGUGUUAACAUUCGAGUAGUCUCCUUCAAACACUCUCUAUAUAUGCUUACAAUUUGUAGAGUUCUUCAAAGAGAUUGAACAAUUAAUAUUAUAGAUAGUGUACAUGGAGAAUGAUCAGCGAGUCCGCACGGAUGGAAAUAUUCGCAAUAAGACUAAGGGCAGUAUAGCAUAUUCUGUCAAGCAUGAUUUUUCUGGGAAAUUAGCUAAAGAGAGCACAUAUCCACCCAAGAUAGAAGAUGACCAGCCGGGUGUAUUUAACCAUGAGGAAACUUCUGGAGAGAAAACUGGAUCGUGUGGAGCUGUUGUGUAUCGGGGCAAAAACAAGAAUGGGAAAGACUGUGAUUGGAUGUUUUCUUGGUCCAACCCCAACCCAAUCCAUAAGGAAAAUAAGGUCUUUACUGCGAUUGCUGAAGGUGGUUACUAUCCGGCAGACACCCAGGACCCUAUUUGGCAUGAUGUCCAUAAAGAGUUGAUGAAGUCUGGCACCACCAGCACAUCUGAAUGGAAUGGUUGCAUCUCAUCUAUGACAUCUACUCCUGAUGAUGUGAACAACUGCGUAGAUGUGAAAGGAACGGCGUCACUAGCCUAAGAAGUUGCGAUCUGCGACCCAGUCAUACACGAUGAUAUCUUUUGGAGUAGUGUGUGGAGUAUUAAUGUCUUUCAUGUGGCAGUGUGUAAUAAAUAAUUUUCCCUACGGGAAGCUUCCCCUUGUAAAUUAGUAAGCAUGUUAUAAUUAUAAAUAAUGUUAUCAUCAUGUGCUGAAAUGACUGGUAACUAAAUGUAAUAUUUGUAUCAUAUGAGUUGAAUAAAGAGGAGAAGGUUUUCCCUUCUCAGUUGUGUGCCAAUCAUGCAAAUUUUCGAAA